AUGUCAUCACCAACUCUGGCAACAAUUCAAAAUCAAUUAAAUCGCUAUGGAAAUUCAAUUGCUACUAUUCUAGGUGAUAUCGGUAACAUAUUCAUUAUUAUAAUUUUCAGUCAACAACAUCGAAAUGCAUGUUCAGUAUAUCUAGUUACUGCUGCAAUAUGCAAUACUUUUUAUCUAACAUUUAGUUGUAUCUUACAAUACUUUCCGUUUUACUAUUUGGAUGAAACAGUACGAGCAUUUAUUUUAUGUAAAAUUCGUUAUUAUGUUCCAAUUCUAAUUGCACAAAUAGCUAAGACAAUGAUUGUUUUUGCAUGUAUUGAUCGAUAUAUGAUUACAAGUAAUCGUGCUACUUUUCGAGCAUUAAGUACUACUCAACGUGCAAAAUAUCUCAUAGUUUUUUCAAUUAUUUUUUGGUUCUUAAUUUCAAGUCACGUUGUAGUCGGGACAACAAUUAAUAAUGGACAAUGUGGUACAUUUGGUAUUUAUGCAACAGUUUUCAACAUUUUUAUCAUUAUAGUUGCUGGUUCAAUUCCACCUAUAAUGAUGAGUAUAUGUGGUUAUUUAACUUAUCGUAAUAUGAGGCGACUACGUCUUCGUAUUCAACCGGCUGUCAAUAAUACAAAUGAAGGAAACGUUAAUAUUCGACAACGAGAUCGAGAUUUAUUAACUAUUGUUAUGUAUGAGAUAUUUAUUUAUGUUAUAAUGAUAUCUUUAUAUCCCUUAAUUCUUUUAGAAAUAAUAAUUAGUAAUAAUACAAUGUCAAGUAAAAGUGCUCAAUAUUUACAAAUUGAAACUUUUAUAAUUAUUAUUGCGUUAUUUUUAUCAUCUGUAAAUAGUGCUGCACCUUUUUAUAUAUAUUUUGUUUUAUCAAAAUCAUUUCGUCGAGAUUUUAUACAAUUAAUCACACGUACCUAUCGAAAAUUAACAAGACAAGCACAAAUUGUGAGUGUUCACAGAAUAACUAGAAACUUCGAAAGAAAUACUGCAGUUUAA